AUGCCGCCUCGUGAGAAGGACGUGUACUUUGCCAAGCUUGCNNAUGCCGACAGCGAGCUCUCCGUGGAGGAGCGCAACUUGCUGUCUGUGGCCUACAAGAACACUGUGGGCUCUCGCCGUGCUGCGUGGCGCAUCAUCACGAGCGUCAUGCAGAAGGAGACAACCAAAGGCAACACAGAGAAUGCCGCCUUCGCCAAGGAGUACUGCAAGAAGGUUGAGGACGAGUUGCAGUCCAUCUGCGACACCAUCCUCGCACUUCUGGACGGCAAGCUGAUCGCAAAGGCCAGCAGCGGUGAGUCCAAGGUAUUCUACCAGAAGAUGAAGGCUGACUACUACCGCUACAUUGCAGAGUUCCGUGACGGUGAUGCCAAAAGCAGUGCAGCUGAGAAGGCCCGCCAGGCCUACCAAGAGGCAGAGGACGUUGCCAAGAAAGAUUUGGCCGUGACGCAUCCCAUCCGCCUUGGCUUGGCUCUGAACUACUCGGUGUUCAUGUACGAGGUGUUGGGCAAUCCCGAUGAUGCCUGCAAGAUGGCGCGCACUGCUUUCGAGGAUGCCAUUGCUGAGCUGGACAAUGUGGCAGAGGACUCUUACAAGGACUCGACCCUGAUCAUGCAGCUUCUGAGGGACAACCUGACGCUGUGCACGCUGAAACUCUGUUCCAGCGUUUGGGUGUGGGGGGAACCUGUGAACUUCCUGUUGGAGCUACCCGCAGAUCUCGCCCAACAAGCCUCGCAAUGCCUGGCGCAAGGCGCCGAUGCUGGAAGCCGGGACCUGGACCUGGAGAUCACGAUUGACCCAGAGACUCGGGACGACAUUCCCUCGGGAAGGAGGUGGCGAGUCAAGGCAUGGGGUGAGGAACUGAAGGGCACUCUGGUGGACUUGCCAUGUCACACCGAGAGCCACCUCCUGCCCCCGAAGUCGUCGGAAAACCCAAGCACAGGCGUGCUAUACAAAUCAGCAGACAUCACCCAGAUGCUCAUCGUCCAUCGCGAGGAUGAGCUGCCUAACAAGCAGUAUCUGGACACAACCAGCUACGUGUGGAAGUGUGGUUUGACACCUCCUACACAUCUCAUCACCAAGCGCAGAUUCCGUGGAGUACCGCCGCCCGAGUCCAUGUUUGCAGCCUCGCGUGUCAGAGAAGCCGUCUCGGCACUGCAAGACAGAAUGGUCAACGUUCCAUUCAGUUACGAGGUAGAGGAAGAAGUUGAUGCAGCCUUCAUCGAGCAGCUGCGGAAGGAUGACCCCGGAAGCAUUUGGAAGCCACCGCCGGCAGAAG